AUGGCGAGGCCUCUCCGGGUUGCAGUUAUUGGAGCAGGUGUUGGCGGCCUCGUGGCGGCGCGCGAGCUUAAAAAAGACAGUCACAAGGUUGUGGUUUAUGAGAAAUCCGAUCGGAUUGGAGGAGUAUGGGUGUACGAUCCUAGGGUUGAGGAGGAUCCGUUAGGUUGCGACCCGAAUAGAGAAAUCGUUCACAGUAGUCUCUAUGGUUCCGUUAGGACAACCAUCCCUAGUGACAUUAUGGGAUUCUCCGAUUAUCCCUUUAACGUAACAAGCGAUGUAAAUGGUGGUAUUCUUAAGGAAUUUCCGAGCCAUGAAGAGGUAUUACAAUUCUUGAACAAUUUUGUUCGAGAUUUCGGGCUUAUGGAUUUGAUUCGGAUUAGUACACAAGUGGUUCGAGUUGAGCAAGUAAUGGAGUAUGGACCUUGGAUCGUUGAAGGGAGACAAGAAAUCAAUGGAGUGAUUUUCAGUUCGGAGGAAUACUAUGACGCAGUUGUGGUCUGUAACGGCCAUUUCACACAACCAAAACUACCUCAACUUCAAGGAAUCGAGAAAUGGCCCGGAAAACAAAUCCAUAGUCAUAACUAUCGAGUUCCAAAGCCAUUUGAAAACAAGAUUGUAGCUGUAAUUGGUUAUGGACCAAGUGCACACGAUAUCUUGCUGGAAAUUUCCAAAGUGGCAGAAGAAGUUCAUAUGUCGUCUAGAACGCCUAGUAUUGCGUCCAAGAAAUUGGAAAACUACCAUAACAUAUGGCUGCAUCCAAAGAUAGUAUAUUGUUAUAAAAAUGGUGAUAUUUCUUUUCAAGAUGGAACAAUGAUCCGCGCAGAUGCUAUUAUUCAUUGUACCGGAUACAAGUAUGCAUUCCCUUUUCUUAGAACAAAUGGUGUCAUAACAAUUGAUGAUAAUCGAGUCGGACCUUUGUAUAAGCACAUCUUCCCUCCAAAAUUGGCACCUUCACUUUCUUUUGUGGGAAUACCAAACAUGGCAAACAAUUUUCUUAUGAUGGAAAUACAAGCAAAGUGGAUAGUAUCUGUUCUAUCUGGCAAGAGCAAUUUGCCAUCCGAAGAAGAGAUGUUGGCAGAUGUUGAAGAACAUUACAAACAGAUGAAGAAUAAGGGAAUUCCAGGGCAUCACACUCAUAAACUUCCAUCAAACCAGUUCGAAUACAUAGACUGGGUUGCUGCUCAGGCUGGAUUACCACCAAUAGAUGACGAAAUAAAAAAGACAACGGAAAGAUUAUUAAGCGUUUGGGGUGAUUCAUGGAUUGGAUACAGGGAGAGAUAUAUUGAACUUACAAUGAAGACUCGAUGA